GUCAAAAUGGCGAAGGUUCGAUGAAGGGGUUCAGGGUUUCUGCGAUUUGGUUUUGUAAAGAUUUAACUGCGUAGUUUGGGUAUAUGGGUUUCAUAAGAAAAUAACAUAAAUCAUUCGUAUGAACUCUAACGAGGAUAACGAAGAACAGAGCGGAAAUCCAACCGCGAGUAAGGCCCCAUCCUCAUUAUCAUCCAACCGACCAGCAACUGGCGACGGAAUGAAGCGGGCUUUAGCAAAACAGCUGAUUGAAAAAUAUUAUUACCAGCUGACAGAUGGCUGUGGAAAUGAAGGAUGCGAAAAUAGGUGUUGUGCGUCCUCCUCAAAGUUCACAUUUAGGGAACGUAGUCGGAAUGAACUGGCCGUCCAGGCAGUGGAAAUGUUUAAGGGUAAAGCCACUUUGUGUGAACUACAGCCAAGUAAAGUAGCCAAGAUGCCAGAAGAUUGUGAGCCUAGCCCCAGUAGCAGCCGUGGUAUGGCGCCCCUCCCAGAGGUCACGUCUGCUACAGCACUGCUUCUACCUGGGCCCUCAGCCAGUAUGAAUAGUCUCCCCUUAACUAUGUUCAGAAAAUUAUCACCAGGUAGUAGCUCUUCUACACCAGAGAAGGAAGCCCUAUCACCCGUAGAAACAAAAUUCUUUACAGAGGAGAUUUUAGUUCAACUUAUAGCAGAGUGUAAAGAAAAAAACAGCUGGUCAAAAUUAGUGAGAUUGAUAGGUUCUACCUACAAUAACACAGACUCACUAUUACUCAGCUUUCGUAAAACCAAAGAAACGAGUGUGCCAAAAGAAAGGGAUGUAGACAAGGACACAGAUGACAAAGAAGAUUCUCUUGCGGGUCAAGAGAAAAUGGUGAUUGAUGAAUCCAAGGAGGAUACAGAGGAGGAUGAGUUAUCCAUUGACAUUCCUUCAUUACGCAGGGCCUAUGCUGCUCUGAUGGAGAUCCAGGACACCCCUGUAAAGGGUGCACUGAUAAAUGCUCUAAUGUCCCUAGCCCGCUCAGUAGAAAUGGACUUAAAACAUCACAAGGUCAUGGACAGGAACCCACACUAUAUCAACAUCUUUAUUAUUGUGAUGGAAAUUCCUUUUAUGUCCAGUGCUGAAUUCAUUGAAGGAGCAUUUCCCCAAUUCUGCAAAGCUAUGGGCCAACUUUCACUUCAUGGUCAGGCCCGAUUGGCCAAAGUUUGGUCCAAGUUUGGUGCUGACCGUCUGCAUGAGAUGGCACAGGCCCUGCACCAGCUCAUAACCAUGAGAAUUGUUCAAAGUGAGGCUAGGUGGGGCGGGGGCUACUACAUUAAUGACGAUGACGGUAUCACCAGUGCUACCAAAGUCAUGAAAAUUCUUUUCUAUGCCAGCAUUUAUGGAAGCGAUAGAGACUCUCAGGAUUCUGUGGAAGAGGAAAAGUCUCAAAAUGAAAAGACAUUACAGGAUAUGUUCCAACUUCAAGGUGCAUUCAGCAACGAACCCAAGGAGUCUCGGCAACCCAAAGAGGAUUCAUUAGGUCAAGAACUGGGAGUGUCACCCUUGGAUUCUAGGCUGCCUUUGAUAGCAUAUGAAGACUUUGUAAAUGAAAUACUGAAUGAGUAUGUAGACUUGGAAAUCGACUACAAAUACAAAUUAGAAAAUGAAUCCAAGUUUUCCUUCAUGAAUCAUUGUUUUAUAUUGACAACCGCAUCAAAGCAAAAGUGCAUGAAUUUUGACAACCGAGUGAGAAUGUAUAACGAGAGAAGGACUUCUAUUCAGCAAACUGUUUUAUUUGGAAUUCCACCUACACCCUUUCUUCGGCUCAGAGUCAGGAGAGACCAUCUCAUAGAUGAUGCUUUAGUUGCUCUGGAAAUGACUGCUAUGGACAAUCCACAGGACUUGAAAAAACAGCUCAUUGUAGAGUUUGAGGGUGAACAAGGUCUGGACGAAGGAGGAGUGUCCAAAGAGUUCUUUCAGCUUGUUAUAGAGGAGCUCUUUAACCCAGAUUUUGGGAUGUUUACUUACAACGAAGACACGCACUUCUUUUGGUUUAACCCUACAUCGUUUGAAAAUGAUGGUCAGUUCACACUUAUUGGCAUAAUGCUUGGUCUUGCCAUCUACAACAACACAAUCGUGGAUGUCCACUUCCCACCAGUUGUCUACCGAAAACUAAUGGGCAAGAAGGGCAUGUGGGCAGACCUGAAGGACAUUGAUCCUACAAUGGCCAGCAGUCUGAAGCAGAUGCUAGAAUAUCAAAAGGAAGAUUUUGAAGAUGUUUUCCCCCAGUCCUUCCGCAUUGACUAUAAAGAUGUGUUUGGGAGUGCGUUAACUCAUGACUUGAAGGAGAAUGGUGCAAACAUCAUGGUUUGUCAAGAAAAUAAGCAGGAAUUUGCUGAUUUGUACACUGACUUCAUCCUGAACAAAGGCAUUGAGAAACAAUUCCAUGCCUUUAAAAGGGGAUUUCAUAUGGUGACGAAUGAAAGUCCAUUGAGAAUACUGUUCCUGCCAGAGGAGAUAGAGCUGCUGAUUUGUGGUAGUAAGCAAUUUGACUUCCAUGAACUGGAGGAGGCUACUGACUAUGAUGGAGGAUUUACUGUUGACUCGACCACAAUCAAACAUUUCUGGGAAGUUGUCCAUAGCUUCUCGGAUGAACAGAAAAGAAAGCUGGUCCAGUUCACCACAGGGACCGACCGUGUUCCCGUAGGAGGCCUCUCCAAACUCAAACUCAUAAUCGCCCGCAACGGGCCAGACUCGGAUAGGCUGCCGACAGCACACACCUGCUUCAAUGUACUACUGUUACCGGACUAUUCCUCAAAGGAAAAACUCAAUGAGAGACUACUGAAGGCCAUCAACUACUCCAAGGGAUUCGGAAUGCUUUAAGGAGGAAUUACAACUCCAGAGGAAUAUGAUUGCUUUGAAGCUUGUGAUGGUUACUGACAAUGUUAAGCUCACCCGAAGAAAUUCCCUGUACUGUGUAUUUGAUAUGUGAUGAACAUUAUUCACAUUUUAACUGCUGAAUUAGGCAGUAUUUGUGUUGGGCAAACCCAUUGUGAUGUGUUUUUGUAUAAUUUGUCCAGAGAUCUGUAAUUGUUGUUCAGCAGGUUUUAUACUGGUGUGUCAUCUCUUUAUCGGAACCCUUCAAGCCAUACCCAUCACUCCCAGCUACACUAGAUUUGUCUAUUCUUUUUCCCAUAUAAGUUAUUCAAAAACUUAGAUUUCUGUUUAACACUUUUCUGCCCUGUUUUCAAUCAUACUUUAUUUUCAGUUAGAUUCUGAUUCCUUUCUUGUUUGUCUUUUUUCUCAUUGAAAUUUAAUUUAAUGAAUCUGAAUUAUCAUGUUUAAUAUCUUUGAUAAAUACUGACUGCAGCAGGGGUGGUGAGUUCCACAAGCCUGACACCUGGAGUUAGAAGAUUUUAUGUCAAGCCUGAUGACUGGGGUUAGAAGAUUUUAUGUUGGAGCUAGUGAAAAUUUUCAAUAUUUACAAUGGAAAGACAGCAGGCUAGUGAUUUUUUUUAAAUCGGGCUGCUGGCUGCUAUUGAAAUUGCACACUCCUGUGCAGGGUAACAGUCUUUAAAAGAAAAUCCAGUAUCGUAUUUGGUAAAGAUAAGGUACUGAUCAACAGUUUUAUUUAAGGAAAAUCAGUUUGUGUUAAAUCAAUGGAAAAUGUUGUGGUAUAAUACCUCUCUGCUGGGCCGUAUAUUGGUAAUUCCUAGUUUAUGGUCCUUCAUACACUUACUAUAGCUUUCUAGUCUCACCAGUAGAAAGAUUGAGCUCUGCCUGUGCAGGUUCCUAGACAGUUUACUACAUUCUGCAUGUCUAGACUUGGGAGAUAUGGCUUCCUCCCAGUAAUACUGUCGACACCUUCGUUUUUGUCACCCAUAGUUCAAAAAUGGAUAUACGGCAUCUGUAAAGUGAAGGAAAAAUAUCUGUGAUGAAGUUUGAUCAAUAAGUAGUUAUUAUUCUCCAAUCCAGUUUGUUGUAGGUAGGACUGGAUAGGAACAUUUUAGAGCAGUGUAGUAGAUUAAUGCUGCUGAUUGUAAUGGUUACUUUGUUAAACAGAGACCAGGACAAAGCAUGGUAGGUAUUUAUUAUUGAAAAAAUGGAUGUUACAUUUGUAAAUUACAAUCAAUUUGAUUCAGCAUCAAAGACUGAUUUAAAAAAAAAAGUAUUUCUGUAAUGGAAAAUGUUAUUCAUAUUUAUUCUGAAGUUCAUUAAAGCAUUGUUUAAUAUAAUUAACAAUGAGGACAGAUCCUAUCAAGGAAAUAUGUGCUUGUUUCGCCAUAGAUUUAAAUUACUAGUCCAUGCAUAUUUAAAGGAUUUUUCAGGAAACAUGGAUAUAAAAAGACAUACAAUGUAUUAAGUAUUAAUUACUUACUGUAUAUAGUGCUCAUCUUGUCUGCUUCUAUACUAAUGUGUGAACAACUACAUGUACUGGGUAGUUUGUUGCUACAACAUGAUGGCUUUCUUUCUUCUGAUGAUAUCAAGUCCUUUGGUUGUCUGUUACUUUCUUAUCUUUGCAAGUUAAGUGAUAGCAAAUACGUUUGUUGUACUGUGCUUGCCAUCUUUGCAACUCAGGUGAGAGAAAAUGGUUCUAAGAACUUUUUUAUGCAAGCUAAGUGAGAGCAGUGGUUUGAUGUACUUGUCAUCUUUACAUGCGAAGAAUUAGCAAGUGGUUCUGAUUCUUGGUCACCUUGCAAGUUAAGUGACAGGAAGUCGGUUGCUGUGAUUGUCAUCUUUGCAAGCUAAGGAACAGCAAGUGGUUUUCUGUAGUUGUCAUCUUUGCAAGCUAAGGAACAGCAAGUUGUUUUCUGUACUUGUCAUCUUUGCAAGCUAAGGAACAGCAAGUGGUUUUCUGUCAUUGUCAUCUUUGAAAGCUAAGGAACAGCAAGUGAUUUUCUGUAGUUGUCAUCUUUGAAAGCUAAGGAACAGCAAGGGGUUUUCUGUCAUUGUCAUCUUUGAAAGCUAAGGAACAGCAAGGGGUUUUCUGUCAUUGUCAUCUUUGAAAGCUAAGGAAAAGCAAGUGGUUUUCUGUCAUUGUCAUCUUUGAAAGCUAAGGAACAGCAAGUGGUUUUCUGUAGUUGUCAUCUUUGCAAGCUAAGGAACAGCAAGUGGUUUUCUGUCAUUGUCAUCUUUGCAAGCUAAGGAACAGCAAGUGUUUUUCUGUCAUUGUCAUCUUUGAAAGCUAAGGAACAGCAAGUGAUUUUCUGUAGUUGUCAUCUUUGAAAGCUAAGGAACAGCAAGUGGUUUUCUGUAGUUGUCAUCUUUGCAAGCUAUUAAAAACUAACAGCAAGUGGUUUCUGUGCUUGUCAUUUAUGCAAUCUUGCUGGUAUCAAACAAUUUUCUGUUCUUGUCAUUUAUGCAAGCUAAGUGAUAUGAACCGGGAUGGUUGGGUGGUAUCUGUCUCUUUUUGAAGUGUUGAUGGCAGCCCCUCCAGAUUCCAAUACAGAUUGGUUUGUAAACAAGAUACAUUUUACAAAUAUAUAACCUAAUGAAAAAGACUAAGUUAGGUUUUACAUGUUUGCUUGAAAAGAAAUGUUUUUUCCCCACAGAAGAUAUCAAAAACAGCUGUACUAAUAAGUUAGAUGUUUGAAUAAAUCCCUAUAAUCUUAUGAUCAAAGUAUGUGUAUGCCUGCAAAUACGCUAUAGUGCUAUCAGUAUACAUGUAUGUUUGUUUAGUUCCUGUUUGGAGAUGUGAUCACUGUGACUGUACUAUGCCAAACAGUCAUUUGGGCUGUAACUUUGCCAAACAGUUCAUAUCAGAAUUGGAUGUGCAUGUGAAGUUCCAUUUCAUGUAAUAUGAAGAAUAAUUAUAAUUUAUCCUGUUCUUAGCUAUGUCGAUAAUUCCAAGUUAAGUAUGUUGUCUGCUCAGUUGGUAUCCAUAUUGUAAUAACUAGUUUGUGUUGUAUUACAUAAUUUCUGCAAUAUGUUUAUAUCAUGUGAUCAGGGCAAUUUUUCAUUGAGGGGAAUCUGCAUGAAACAUAAAUUUUGUACAAUAUCAAAGCUUUUGUUUGUUUCAGUGGCUGUAGUUAUUGGUUUAAGUAGUAUUACAUGGAAAUAACACCAGAUUCACCAUAAAACAAACAAAAUGUAUCUUUUAUGGUCAGUUUAGGUAUUGAUACUGUGUUACUAUGCACCUCUGUGAUUGAAAUAAACAGAUAAAGUAAAUUAUGUGGGAAAUAAUUAACUUGGAAAGAAUUAAUGUUACACACCUACAACAUGUUAAAGUCACCUGGUUAAUGACAGGUGUGGAUAAUACCUGUAUACACUGAUAUAGCAGACACUGACCUGGUGUCCUUCCUACAGUACAAAUGUGUUAAAAACAGACAUUUACAAAUUAAAUUUUAUCAAAACUGAA